CAGGAAGAAGUUCAGCUGGAGCGGUGGGACCCAUCAAGUUCCUCCUCUCAACUGGUCUGAACUUCAGAGGUCUGGUCUCAUCUUACCUGGUCUGGACUCCAAAGGUCUGGUCUCUUCUCAGCUGGUCUGAACUUCAGUGGUCUGGUCUCAUCUAACCUGGUCUGGACUCAUCUCACCUGUUCUAGUCUCCAGUGGUCUGGUCUCAUCUCCAGAGGUCUGGUUUAGUUCUAACCUGGUCUGGACUCCAGAGGUCUGGUCUCUUCUCAGCUGGUCUCAUCUCACCUGGUCUGGACUCAUCUUAACUUGUCUGGACUCAUCUCCAGUGGUGUGGUCUCAUCUUCAGUGGUCUGUCUUACCUGGUCUGGACUCAUCUCCAGUGGUCUGGUCUCCAGUGCAGCCUGUCUCACUCCCGCGGCUCCAUGAUGGAGGCCGUGGUUCUGGGUGCUGAUUGGUCGUGUGUCCGCUGUACGUUCCUGAACUCCGCCGGAUCUCCGCGCUGCUCCAUUUGCGAAGCGCCACGCAACAAACCCGACCUGAACCGAAUCCUGCGGCUGAGCACCUGCUGGACCUGCCCGCGGUGCACGCUGACCAAUCACAGCGCGGCGGGCGCGUGCUCGGUGUGCGGGGCGCCGUCCUCGUCGCAGAACGGCCCGCCGUCGUCCUCGUCGUCCCCGUCCAUCUCGGAACCCAUUACCUCGAACUCGGAGCCGAAGCGGCAGCAGGCGGACGAGAACCUGGCGAAGAAGCCGGAGCCUAACGGCGAGGUGAAGGACGUCGAAAUGGGCGUGUCUUCAGGGUGGGCGUGUCCUCGGUGCACGCUAUUGAACACGCCCACCGCGAUGUCGUGCUCGGCCUGCGGCGGGCCGAGAAAACUCUCGCUUCCCAAAAUCCCCCCCGAGGCGCUGGUGGUCCCGGAGGUCCGGACCCCGGUGACGGGGUUCCCGGCACAAAAUGCGGGCGCGGUCCUUAUCGACCUCACCGAGGACUCCCCGCCUGCGAACCACGCCCCGUCUCAGACGCCGUCCCCGCCCCCGCCCGCUAACCACGCCCAGUUUAUCCCUCCGUCGUUUUCCUCCCUACAGAACAACCCCGUUCCUCGUAGUCGGCGCGAAGUCCCACCUCCGUCCUCGCCCCUGACGGCGUCCACGCCCAAACCUCGCCCGCUCUCGGAACCCGUCAAAAGACUCAGCGUGCUAAGUGAGGAGGACUCCGGAGCGAACCACCCGGCCCCGCCCUCCUGGAAGUGUCCCGGGUGCUCGGCUCCCUCCGGUCCCUCGGUGUCCUUGGCGGGGCGCUGCGACGCCUGUCGGGGGACGCACCAGGGGGCGGGACCGAGCGCGGACGUGAUCGACGUCCUCGGGGAAUCGGUGCGGUUCACCCCGGCCACGCCCUCCAGCCCAGACUUCACCUCGUGGGCGUGUUCCAAGUGCACGCUGCGGAACCCCACGGGCUCGGGGCACUGCAGCGCCUGCGGCUCGUCCAAGCUCCACGGGUUCACCGAGCCCUUCGCUAAGAAGACCCCUCACGCGCCGCGAGCCGCCGGUCAGGGGGAUAAGUGGGUGUGUCCGGCGUGCACGCUGAUCAACGAGGUGAGCGUGAAGCACUGCGCGGCGUGUCACACGGCGCAGCGCUACGUCCGCAGCAGGAAGGUGAAGGCGCUCCGGCGCAGGGAGAGCGUCCACGUGGAGCAGCGCAGGAAGACGGACGAGGGCGAGGCCAAGGAGCUCUGGGAGAACAUCGUCAGCUUCUGUAGAGAGAACGCGGUGAACUUCGUGGACGACAGUUUCCCUCCCGGCCCGAAGUCGGUGGGCUUCCCCGAGAGCGACAGCGUCCAGCAGAGGAUUAAGAAGUGGCUCCGCCCACACGAGAUCAACUGCAACAACUUCAAGGACCGGGGGGUGAAGUGGUCGGUGUUCCGGACGCCACGCCCGUCCGACAUCCUGCAGGGCCUUCUGGGUAACUGCUGGUUCCUGAGUGCGCUGGCUGUGUUGGCGGAGCGUCCUGAGCUGGUGGAGCGAGUGAUGAUCACCCGCUCCAUCUGUCCAGAGGGGGCGUACCAGGUCCGGCUGUGUAAGGAUGGAACGUGGACCACGGUGCUGGUGGACGACAUGCUGCCCUGCGAUGAGUACGGGUACCUGCUCUUCUCUCAGGCUCAGAGGAGGCAGCUGUGGGUGGCGCUGAUCGAGAAAGCCCUGGCGAAGCUGCACGGCUCGUACUUCGCGCUGCAGGCGGGCAGAGCCAUCGAGGGAUUGGCGACGCUGACCGGAGCUCCGUGUGACAGUCUGAACCUGCAGGUGAACAGCACCAACCCUCGAGAGGAACCCAUCGAUACCGACCUGAUCUGGGCCAAGAUGAUCAGCUCCAAGGAGGCGGGGUUCCUGAUGGGCGCGUCGUGUGGGGGCGGGAACAUGAAGGUGGACGAUGCCGUGUAUGAGUCUUUGGGACUCCGCCCACGACACGCCUACUCGAUACUGGACGUUCGGGACGUUACGGGUUACAGGCUCCUGCGUCUGAGGAACCCCUGGGGUCGGUUCUCCUGGAACGGCUCGUGGUCGGACGAGUGGCCCGACUGGCCGCAGCACCUGAGACACGAGCUGAUGGCUCACGGCAGCAGUGAGGGCGUCUUCUGGAUGGAGUACGGAGACUUCAUCAAGUACUUUGACUCGGUGGAUAUCUGUAAGAUUCACUCCGACUGGCACGAGAUGCGGGUACAAGGUUCGUUUCCCAGUAGAGCCAGCGGACCAAUCACGGUGAGCUCCCUGACUGUACUGGAGAGAACCGCCCUGGAGUUCGCCCUGUUUCAGGAGGGGAGCAGGCGCUCGGACUCGGCCGAUAACCACCUCCUGGACCUGUGUAUCAUGGUGUUCCGCGCCUCCUUCUCCAGCGGGAACAAACUCACUCUGGGUCGCCUCCUGGCUCACAGCAAACGCGCCGUCAAGAAGUUCGUGGGCUGUGACGUGAUGCUGGAGCCGGGCGAGUACGCCGUGGUCUGCUGCGCCUUCAACCACUGGGUUCCUGGAGGAACACCAGUCUCCAGCCCCACCACCCCCUCUCGGUCGUGUUCCGAUUCCCCGGGCUACAUCCUGGCCCUCUACAGCUCUCGACAGGUGAUGGUGGAGCAGGUCGACGCCACCGCCACCACGCUCGCCGACGCCAUCAUACUGCUGACCGAGAACAAAGGAGAGAGGCACGAGGGUCGAGAGGGGAUGACCUGUUAUUACCUGACCCACGGGUGGGCGGGGCUGAUCGUGGUGGUGGAGAACCGACACCCCAAGUUCCACCUGCACGUGUCAUGUGACUGCACGGACAGCUUCAACGUGGUGUCGACCCGCGGCUGUCUGAAGACCAUCGACAGCGUUCCGCCGUUACACAGACAGGUGUUGGUGGUCCUCUCACAGCUGGAGGGGAACGCCGGCUUCUCCAUCACGCACCGCCUGGCGCACCGUAAGGCGGCUCAGGCCAGCCUGGGCGACUGGACUCCCACCAAGGCCACGCACUCGCCUCAGCUCACGCCCGACACCGAGGGACUGCACAGGCCCCGCCCUCUCUGACACACGCCCACGCCGGCGGGGGCGGAGCACUCUGGAACUACUGAGCCAAUCGUACGACUGCUGGGCGUUCCCGUUCCACCCGGACCGCCGGGGGUGGGCGGGGUCGACCGCGGCCGAACCUGCAGGACUUCUGACCCUCGUCUGUUUUUUGAUACUCGCUCACCUUUUAGACUCUCCACUGUCCAAUCAAAUGCUUCUUAUUCCUGUCAUGUGAUCUCAUUAGCAUAUGGGGGCGGGGCUUACCUACAUUCAUAGAACCAAUAGGGGCCGGGUGAAGGAACUUCAACUGAUCAAGGGGAAUUGUGGGUAGUAAUUAUCACAUGAUGCUGACAACUUCCGAACUUCUAAAACCUGUCCUGUUCUCCCGGGUGCGUUCCAAUCCGAUUUCAUGCACCCUUGUUCACUUUCCCUUAGCCUGCUAGCUAUUUAGCCAGGCUGUUCGCUGCUUUAUUAGCAAGCUAAUCGUAACCUUGCAGCAGACUAAAGGUCUAGAUUUCGUUCUAGUUACCUUUACUAUGCUAAAUAAUUAGCAUCUGCCGUAGUACAAUACAGGCUAGUCAUUAUGUCAGUCAGAUAGCUAACUAUCAACUAAUAAAUGUCAAAAUUUUAGCUGCUAGCUAUUUAUCCUAGCUGCGCAUAAGCUAAACAGCAAUUAAAUGUGCUAAAUUUUUUGCCAAGUUUGAGGUCCUUCCUCUAGGGGGCAGCAGUUAAUAGAACCGAACCACAUUUUUCUGCUGGGAAGUUAGCACGCUAGCUCAUUAAAAUGCUAAUUAGUCAGCAAGUAACUCUGCAAGCGAGUUAGCAAGCUAAUUCACAUCCAAACGUGAUGCCUUGCAGCUAGCUUUAACGGCAAUUGAGAAGUGGAGUCAAACUACUCUGCUAUCUAGAUAUCAGGAAAGCUAAUUAGCAUGCUAGUCAGUCAGUGAUCUGUUACCGUUGUAGCUGGCAUGCUAUUCAAAAUUUUAGGGGAGUUUUAUGGAGUGUCAGCUCUUUGUUUCAGCUAGCUAGUUAGCAUAAUUGUUGAUUUGGUUUGUGACGGGGUUCUGAGUUGUUAGUAGUUGACUCUAAAAUGUUUUUGAUAGCUAAUUAGCAUACUCAUACUUCCAGUUUUAGGUUGUGCACACUUCUAAACUGCUAGCUGACAACCACAGUAGCUAGCAGGCUAGUUUGUAAGCAGCAUAGCUCAGUAGCUAACUAGUAAAUCUUUGUCAGGAAAGUCGGUAAGUAACUUUGAUUUGCUGGCUAAUUAGAAACAUAGCUUAUUAUCACGUGUGUUAGUCUGUCAUUUAGCCCUUUAGCUAGUUAGCUAGCGAAAGACCACGCCCUUGUGAGCUUUUUCUUACUAUUUCUUGCAAUUUAUUCAUUAGCUUAGCACCACAGUGGACAGCUGGAUGGCAGUUUACUUUAUUAUCUACUGUUCACACUAGCAAAUUAGCGUAAUAGUUAAUUAGUUACCCUAGCUAACUACCAAGUGAAUUUGAAACGUGUAUAAACUAAGCGAGCGUAAACUAAAGCAAUAACAUCAAAAACACGACGGCUAACACCGAGUAGUCUCGCUACUCUUAGCUAGUCAGCAGUGCCGCUAAUUAGCGCAUAACUUAGUUGGCUAGCAUGAAGGCUUAGUUUCAGUAGAGCUGAAUAACUAGCCAGCAUCGUUCACACUGUGGAGUGGUUUAGGGGAAGUGAAUGAGGGAGCAGGAGAAACGGUUUGGAACGCACCCCGUGUGGGCGCGUGUUAUUUAUUCAGUGCUGUAUCAGAUAGACGAUGAGAGAAGCACAACAUGCUGGAGCGGAAUGGAGCGAUGUGAUUGGUGGAUUGGUUGCUAUGGGUUAUUUUGAUCUGUUAUGUUGCGGGUGUUUGAUGAUUUGAUGUAUGUGAGUCAGCAGCACCACCUGCUGUAGAGACGCGGUACUGCAGCUCUACUGCUCCCACACACACACACUGUCCUUCCUAUACACACACACACACACACUGUCCUUCCUAUACACACACACACACAGUUUUUCCUAUACACACACACACACACACACACUGUUUUUCCUAUAUAUACACACACACACACACACCUUUUGCUCUCUUCCGAUUUUAUUUACAUUUAUAGAAUCUUACAAAUUAAAAAAUAAAAAUCAGCAUUUUA